UUAUAGGUUAUAUUUCCUGUUUUGUAGGAGUUUAAAGAACUUUCGCAGAGGCUGGACUGCCUGGAUCUGAAAGGUGAGAAACUGGACUACAAAGCUUCUGAAGCCUUGGAAGAGGUUUUCAAACGUGUCCAGUUUAAGCUGGUGGAUUUGGAGGCAACCAACCUGGAUGAAGAUGGUGCAUCAGCAUUGUUUGAUAUGAUAGAAUAUUAUGAAUCAGCCACACAGCUGAACAUCUCAUUUAACAAACACAUCGGGACGCGAGGGUGGCAGGCUGCAGCUCACAUGAUGAGGAAGACCAGUUGCCUGCAGUACCUGGAUGCAAGGAACACCCCUCUCCUCGACCAUUCCGCGCCCUUUGUUGCUCGUGCUUUAAGAAUCAGCAGCAGCCUGGUGGUACUGCAUCUGGAAAAUGCCAGUUUAUCCGGCCGACCACUCAUGCUCUUGGCAACUGCGUUGAAGAUGAACAUGACACUGCGAGAGCUGUUUUUGGCCGAUAACAAAUUGAAUGGACUGCAGGACUCAGCACAGCUGGGAAACCUCCUAAAAUUCAACUGCACCAUCCAGCUAAUGGACUUGCGCAACAACCAUAUUCUGGACUCAGGUAUACACUGUGCUUCCUUCUCCUGCGCUCAUCUCUCUAAGGUUGACUAUGAUAUUAUAGAUCUUCUUAUUACUAUGUCCUUCAUACAUCUAAAUAAUUAGGUUCCAAUUUUGCAAUGCAGGUGAUUCAAGUUGAUGCAGAGCACUUAAUUCGUUGCCAUGGUUUGUUGUUUUCCUUCUGGCUAAUUGGAUUGAAUUGACAGGGCAUCACUAGCUUCUAUGAGAAUAUUUUAUAAAAUUGUUCAGAUUUAUUCUAGGGAGCUGUGUGUUAUUCUAGGGAGCUGUGUGUUGCCAACAAACCUGACAUUUAUUGUAUAUCCUUGUUAAGUCUUUGCCAAACAUGAAAACUUAAAGUUUCAUUCAUCUAUGGGAUAUAGGGACUUGCUACCCACCCCUAAUUGCCCCUUGAUCUGAGUUCUGAGUAGCUUGCUAGGGCCAUUUCACAGGGCAGCUAACAGUUAACCACACUGCUGUGGGCCUGGAAUCAUCGUCUGCCCUCACCUGGUUUGGCUGACAAUUUCCUUCCCUAAAAGAUAUUGGUGUACCAGAUGGGAUUUUAUUAUAGUCAGUAGUGGUUACAUUGUCAGCACUAGGCUAACUUCCAAUUGCAAUUUUUUAUUGAAUCCAAAAUUUCACAAUUUGCCAUGGAUUUAAACCUAUCUUCCCAGAGCGUUAGUCUAGGAUUCUCGGUUACUAGUCCAGUAACGUUACACUUGCACCACUGCAUCCCCGAAUAGGAGUAGGAAUAGGCCCGUUGGCUCUUUGAACCUAUUCCACCAUUCAGUUUGAUCAUAGCUGAUCAUCUAUCUCACUGCCUUCUUUACACAUGAUCCACCUGUCCCUUGAUUCCUUUGAAAUCCAAAAGUUUGUGAACCUUUGUGCCUUGUGUAUAUUCAAUAAUUGAAUAUCUUUCUAGAGCUCUAGAGAGUAGUGAAUUCCAAACGUUCACAGCAUUCUGAAUGAAGGGAUCUCCUCAUCUCAGUGCUAAAUGUGUUGUCCCCUUAUUCUGCAACUCUGACCCCAUUUUGUAGACCACCCAGCCAGGGGUAAAACAUUUUCUCAGUGUCUACUCUGUCAAGCCCAUUUAAAAUCUUUGUUGCAGUUAGAUCGUCUUAUAUUCCUUACAAUGUUGAAGAAUGUAAUCUUAGUUCUUUUAAUUCCCCCACCCCUGCAGGGCAGUUGGCUCCUCCCAAAACGAUGCCAGUGUUAUAUGCUGCCUGAUCUGUUGUGAUCUCCAGUACUUUUUGUUUUCAGUACUGGUUCCAGCAU